UCUCUCUCUCUCUCUACCUCUUUUCCUUCACUUUCAAUACUCCUUUCUACGUUUUAUUUCCUUGAUGAUUGUCUCAGAGAUACAAUCGCAGCUCACACGCGGAUAGUUGUGAAGUAAUUCCCAGGAAAGAAAGAGAGGCAGCAGCAGGAAGACUGACCACAUGAUGAGUGAUUGUGAUAAGGAAGAUGAGGAAAGUUCCUCAGUCCGGUCCAAAGAUACACCUCCAUUCUUCAGUCCUACACCCUUACAAACAAAAUCAGAGUCUUCGGUCUGCAGUGGUCUGUAUGUGAAGAGUGACUGGUCCAAAGAUUCCCCUCCGUAUUUCAGUGAUGAGCCGCAAAAAGAGACUCAGGAAGACCAGCUGUCAUACUGUUCAUUGAGUCAGGACCUCCUGAGGGAUCCAGUCUCUCCUCGCUGUGAAAACUGGGGACAGGGAGAUAAACCGGAAUGGUCCCAGUGUGCAGAAAGAUCUCAAACACAACAUGGACUGCAGACUGCAAGUAAGGCCAGCACUGUGCAAAAAGAUAGUGGUCUGCAGGAGGUUUUAUACCAACAUAAGAUCAACUUAAGAAAGAGAUGUGAAUGUGUGACUGAAGGAAUUGAUGGAACAGGAAGUGGAACCCUCCUUAACAGGAUCUACACUGAGCUCUACAUCACAGAGGGGCAGAGUGAAGAGGUAAACACCCAACACGAGGUGAGGCAGCUUGAGACAUCUUCUAAAAUGAGGACCCUCCAUGACACUUCAAUCAAGGUCCACAACAUCUUUAAAGCCUUACCUUGCCAACCGAGACACAUCAGAGUCGCCUUGGCUAUCGGCGUUGCUGGCGUUGGAAAAACCUUCUUAGUGCAGAAGUUCACUCUGGACUGGGCAGAGGGUUUGGAAAAUCAAGAUGUCAGUAUGGUGGUUCUUCUUUCAUUUAGAGAGCUGAACUUGAUCAAAGACGAGCAGUACAGUCUCAUUAGGCUGCUUCAUGUUUUCCAUCCAACCUCACAGAAGAUCACAGCAGAGAACCUUGCUAUGUGUAAAGUUUUGUUCAUCUUCGACGGUCUGGAUGAAAGCAGACUUUCACUGGAUUUCCACAACAAUAAGGUUGUGUCUAAUGUAACACAGAAGUCCUCAGUUAACAUGCUGCUGACAAAUCUCAUUCAAGGGAAUCUGCUUCCCUCAGCUCUCGUCUGGAUAACUUCCCGUCCUGCAGCGGCCAAUCAGAUCCCUUCUGAGUGUGUUGACAGGGUAGCAGAAGUACAAGGCUUCACUGACGCCCAGAAGGACGAGUACUUCAGGAGGAGAUUUGAUGAUGACCACCUAUCCAACAGAAUCAUCUCUCACAUUAAGACAUCUAAGAGCCUCCACAUCAUGUGUCUGAUCCCAGUCUUCUGCUGGAUCACUGCUGCAGUUCUGGACCACAUGUUGACUACAGACCAGAGAGGAGAGCUGCCCAAGACCCUAACUGACAUGUACUCACACUUCGUGCUGGUUCAGACAAAGAGGAAGAAGCAGAAGUAUGAUGAGGGACAUGAGACAAGCUCACAAGAGUUGAUAGAGAUUGACAGGGAAGUUCUUUUGAAGCUGGGGAGUCUGGCAUUUGAGCAUCUGGCAAAAGGAGACAUCUUGUUCUACCAAGAAGACUUGGAUCACUGUGGUCUUGAUGCCACAGAGGCCUUGUUCUCGGGAGUUUGUACAGAGAUCUUCAAAAGAGAGAGCGUGAUCUUCCAGAAAACAGUCUACUGCUUUGUUCAUCUGACCAUUCAAGAGUUUCUGGCUGCAGUUUACCUGUUCCACUGUUACACUAACAGGAACUCUGAGGUACUGGAUAACUUCCUGAAGGAUGAUGAGGAAGACAAUGAUGUUGAUGAUGAUGAGGAGGAGGAGGAGCAGGAUGAUGAUGAUGAUGAUGACCAUUAUCCAUCCUUAAAUGAUUUCCUGCUUUGGAACAUGGAGAAAUCUCUUGCCAGUAAAAAUGGCCACCUAGACCUUUUUGUACGUUUCCUUCAUGGGCUGUCUCUGGAGUCCAACCAGAGACUCUUAGGAGGGCUGCUAGGCCAAACAGACAACAGUCCAGAAAUCAUCCAAAGAGCCAUGGAAAACCUGAAGGACAUGGAUGUGAAGUUGAUAUGUCCUGAGAGAAGCAUCAACAUAUUCCACUGUCUGACGGAGAUGAAGGACCACUCAGUCCAUAAGGAGAUCCAAGAGUUCCUGAAGUCAGAUAAGAAAUCAGAAGGAAAACUAUCUGAAAUACACUGCUCAGCCCUGGCUUACAUGAUGCAGAUAUCAGAGGAGGUUCUGGAAGAAUUGAAUCUUGACAAGUACAACACAUCAUGGAUGGGUCGACUAAGACUGAUUCCAGCUGUGAGGAACUGCAGAAAAGCUGUACUUGCUGAAUGUUGGCUGACAAGGACCCACUAUGAACUUGUGGUCUCAGCUCUGAAGUCCAACCCGUCCUAUCUGAGAAAGCUGGACCUGAGAGGAAGCAGGCUGCAGGAUUCAGGAGUGGAGCUGCUGUCUGCUGGACUGGAGAGUCCACAUUGUAGACUGCAGUCACUUUCACUUGCUAAUUCUGCACUGACAGAGAUCAGCUGUGCUUCUCUGGUCUCAGUUUUGAAGUCUAACUUCUAUCUGAGAGAGUUAGACCUAAGCAGAAACGACUUGAAGGAUUCAGGCGUGAAGCUGCUCUCUGCUGGUGUCAACAGUCUGGAGGCUCUCAGACUGAGUGACUGCAGCUUGACUGAGAUCAGCUGUGCAUCUCUAAACUCUGCUCUGAAGUCCAACCCCUCCCAUCUGAAAGAGAUGGACCUAAGCAGAAACAACUUGCAGGAUUCAGGAAUGAAGCUGUUGGCUGAUGGACUGGAAGGUUCGGACUGUAGACUGGAGGCUCUGAGACUUAAUGACUGUAAACUAGGAGAGAGCUGCUGUUCAUCUCUUGCCACAGUUCUGAACGCCAAGCCCUCCCAUCUGAGAGAGCUGGACCUGAGCUACAACAGUCUGCAGGAUUCAGGAGUGAAGCUACUUUCUGCUGGACUGGAGAGUCCAAACUGUAGACUGGAGACUCUGAGGUUGAUAUGCUGUCUGCUCACAGAUGGGAGUUGUCCUCCUCUGGCCUCAGCUCUGAAGUCCAACCACUCCUUUCUGAAAGAGCUGGAUCUGAGAGGAAACAACCUGCAGGAUUCAGGAGUGAAGCUGCUCUCGGUUGGAUUGGAGAGUCUAAACUGUAGACUUGAAUCUCUCAGCUUGAAGGACUGUCGGAUCACAGGUGAAGGCUGUGCUUUUCUGGCCUCAUCUUUGAUGUCUAACCCCUUCCAUCUGAGAGAGCUAGACUUGAACCUCAACCAGCUGCAGGAUUCAAGAGUGAAGCUGCUUUGUGAUCUUGUAGAGAGUCCACACUGUAGACUGGCGACUCUUAGGUUUAAAUAAACUGGAACUGGCUAGAAAGAGGAUGUCAUGUAUCACUCCAACAUAUCGGCAGGCUGGAAACAUUCUCAACUUCUUAUCACUUUGAUUCCUUCAUGUUACUAAAGUUCUUCCAUUUAGACACAAGUUGUUCUGCACUUAAUUAUAAUCCAUCCUUUCUUACCCUAUAUGAGAUAAUACUCAAACGAUUUUCAUCCAAACACCUAUUACAACCCGUCUUCAAACAUACCCAGAAUAUCCUUACAAAUACACUAUAUGAAGGAUAUUAUUGAAUGAUUAUUGCUUGCUCAUAAAGACAUGUUUAUGUAUAAAUGCUACCAGAGAGGGUUUCAAACUAUGAAGAGAAGUGAGCUCCAUGACAGAGUUAAAGGUGAGCUAAAAACAUAAGAAAGGAACUGCCUUCUGCUACUUUAUUCACAGUGAAUAUUAACUGCAAAUUCCUUUGUGAGAGGAGGAAGAGAGGCCAGAGAGAGGGACAGUAGAAGUUAGUGAAGAGAGGCCCUUGGGUGCUUCCUAAAUGACAGGAGAGUUAUGGCAAAGUAUAGAGGUGGAUUAGAUAACAGGCUGCAGACCCGGAAACCAUGGAUCCAGGAGAGGACUUCUGCCUGUCCUCCAACCAGAAACCAACACGCACCACACUCAAAAAUAUACAUUUAACAUGUCAUAAGGGACUGCCCCUUUUUCUUUCACAAAGUAUACAUAGUGUGUGAUGUCACCUGUCGAGGCUCUGGGUGGAAGGAAAGACAGAAGUUGCUUGCAGUCUGUGGCUCACAAAACCCAGAAACCUCAAUAUUGAGACAGUACAUCUUCAUCACAACUGGAAAUAAAUCAGCUUUAUUAUAACCUUA